UAGAGAUUCAAAAUUAACACGUUUAUUACAAGAUUCACUUGGUGGUAAUAGUCAAACUCUUAUGUUGGCUUGUGUUUCACCAGCUGAUUCUAAUUUUAUGGAAACCUUAAAUACACUAAAAUAUGCUAAUCGUGCUCGUAAUAUUAAGAAUAAAGUUAGUGUUAAUGAAAGUUAUGGUGGUAAUUCUAUUGAAAUAAAUCAAUUACGUGGUCAAAUAAGUAGAUUAAAGAUGGAGAUUCAAACUUUACGAGCUGGUGGUUGUAAUGAAGAAACAAGUCGUAAACAUGAAGAAGAAAUUGAGAGUCUUAAAAAUGAAUUAGGAAUGACAAAAUGGAAACUUAAAAAUGUUGAACAAGAACUUAUCACUACAAAAGCUGAAAGGAACACUCUUUUAAUGGAAAUUAGAUGAAUCAGAAAUUCAAGAUUUUAAAAAUCAAAUUUCUGAACUUUUAGCUGCACAAGCUUUUCAACAUCUAAGUAAAUCUUCUUUGGCUGGAACAACAACAGGAAGAGAGAAAGGUCAUAUCAAAUUCUCCGAUCCUCAUA